AUGGAAUCGAUUAAAAUAUAUUACCAAAAUGUACGCGGUUUACGAACAAAAACACUUAACUUAUUUAGGAACGUAUGUUUAAAUUCGUAUGAUAUUAUUAUAUUCACCGAAACUUGGUUGGUCGAUAGUAUACAUAACAGUGAAUUAUUUGAUGACCGAUAUUUAGUAUGGAGGCGGGAUCGCAAUUAUUGUAGCACGUCACAAACGCGGGGGGGUGGUGUACUAAUUGCAGUGAGGAAUGAUCUUUCGGUAGUGGAGAGGGGUGACUGGCGUAGUUCAGCGGAAGAUAUUUGGGUCUCUAUUUUGCUAAAAAGAUCCAGGCCGCCAGUGACAUACAAUAUAAACAUUUGUGCGCUUUACCUGUGUAGAGAAAAUAUCGGUAACUCAUAUAAUACCCAAUUGCUAAAUUUCACACAAAAUAUUAAUACCAUAAUUCUGUCUAAUCCGUGCGACAAAUUCAUAAUCGUAGGUGAUUUCAAUUUUGGUAGUCAAGUAGAUUGGAAUGUUUGCAGUGAUAGUGGCGAGUUGUUACCAACCAAUCACUCCUGUCAAUAUAUUUCUGAUUUCCUUGACUCUGUUAACACCUGUAGCUUAUCUCAGUAUAAUUGUAUACGUAACAUAAAUGGGAGACUACUUGACUUGGUUUUCUCUAAUGACCUUGUAGAUGUUAAGGAAUGCUAUGAACCAUUAGCAAUGCCCCCAGAUAUGCACCAUAAGCCUUUGGUUAUAAAGGCUGAUUUUGUUGAAUUACAUAAACUAGAUGAUAAAAAGAAAAACAAUUAUCUCUUUCACAAAGGUGAUUACGUGGCUAUUAGUUCAGCUCUUGACCAGGUAAACUGGUAUGAACUUUUGGGGAAUGACUCUCUAGACAAUGUGGUUACUCUCUUUUAUAAUAAAUUGUAUGAACUUAGGGAACAGUUUAUUCCCAUAAAAUCCACUAGACGCUCGUCACACCCUCCAUGGUAUAAUUCUGCGCUACUAAAGGUCUUAAAAGAAAAACACAAGUAUCAUCGUAAGUUUAAGUUAUAUGGUAAUUUAUCCGACUACCAAUCUUUUUCACUAUUACGUAAAAGGGCUAACCAGUUAGAGCGAGUCUGCUUUGAAUCCUAUAUUGAUAAAAUCGAAUCUUCCAUAACUAGUAACCCAAAAAUUUUCUGGUCUUUUAUAAAAAGUAGGAAUAAUGCGUCUACUACUCCUAAUGUAAUAUAUUAUGAGGAAUCUUCUGCAAACACUGGUGAAGGUAUUAGUGACUUAUUCGCUAAAUAUUUUAGUACUACUUUCGUUGAACCAGAAUUGGAAACUUCUAAUUCUAAAUUAUUUCCCAUAACUGAUUACAGUAUUAAUAGUAUUAGCUCAAUACACGUCUCAGAUAAAGGUAUCUUGAAGCUAUUACAAGGCCUCGACAUCUCUAAAUCUGGUGGCCCCGACCAUAUACCACCAAUAUUUAUCAUAAAUUGUGCGAAAAGCUUAGUCAAACCCAUUAGUAUACUUUUUAAGCGGUCAUUAACAGAAGGAAUAGUUCCACAAGUUUGGAAAUCUGCCUUCAUAACACCGGUAUUUAAAAAAGGCGACAAGUCGAAUGUCGGAAAUUAUCGUCCCAUCUCUAAGUUAUGCUUGUUUUCUAAAGUUCUUGAAAGAAUCGUUUAUAAUGAAGUCUAUUAUGCAGUACAAAAUUAUUUGGGUGAUGAACAACAUGGGUUUCUUCGAAGACGUUCAACUACUUCUAAUCUCAUCACGGCUAAUGAGUACAUCACUAAAGGUAUGGAUCAGCGUGCACAGGUAGACGUAAUUUACACAGAUUACAGCAAGUGCUUUGAUCGUAUUAAUCAUCGUGUUCUUUUACAAAAGUUGUUAGCUUCGGGAAUACACGGUGACUUGUAUAGGUGGUUUUGUUCGUAUAUAGAGAAUCGGACGCAGGCUGUUGUUUUGCGUGGUUACAUGUCUGGUUGGUGCUCAAUCCCAUCUGGUGUUCCUCAGGGCUCAUUACUUGGCCCCCUAUUAUUCACAAUAUUUAUUGCCGAUAUUAAGUCAUGUUUUAAAAAUUCUCUCAUACUACUUUACGCCGAUGACAUGAAAAUUCUUAAAACUAUUCAUAAUCUAACAGAUGUUAAACAAGUUCAAGAAGACCUAAACAGGUUUUCUGAUUACUGUAAACUCAAUAAGCUUCAAUUGAAUAUCUCCAAAUGUUCUCAUAUGACAUUCACACGACAAAGAUCUAGUAUUGGGUUCGGUUAUACUCUUCAUAAUCAGACUAUCAGCAGGGUAAAUCAUAUUCAUGAUCUCGGCGUAAUACAUGAUAAUAAAUUCAUAUUUGACAAACACAUUGAAUAUAUUGUCAACAAAGCAUCCAAGGCUCUUGGUUUCAUUUUAAGAACUUCAUCCUGCUUCCGCUCUCUUAAAGCUGUUAAGAUUUUGUAUUGCUCAUAUGUGCGAAGCCAUUUAGAAUAUGCAUCUCAAGUAUGGAACCCACAGUAUAUUGUUUACAUAUCUCGUAUUGAAAGUAUACAAAAAAAAUUUCUGAGAUACCUCGACUUCAAGGCACAAAUAAAUUCAGCCAAUUAUCUAGAAAGAUGUAAGAGAUAUCAUUUUUUACCGUUGGAAUAUAGACGUAAAGUCAAUGAUAUUUGUUUCUUAGUUAAUAUUGUAAAUGGAUCUAUUGAUUCUUCUGAGCUACUUACUCACAUAAUGAUUCGAACCGAUUUAAUGAGAUUUAGACAGCGACCCCUGCUAUAUAUACCUCUUGCUUCAACGAAUUAUAGAAGAAAUUCCUUCUUUCUGCGUAGCGCAAUGGAAUUUAAUAGACUUUCAUCUGUAGUAGAUAUUGACCUAUUUUCUACUAGUUCUAAAUUUGUAAAAAAAGUGAUGAACAGAGAAUUUUUCACUCACAGCCGCGACUAG